CCAAAGGCGGUUCGUGUUGUAUGUGCGCCUGCACACAUGUAAAUAACAAAUAGCCCUUUCUUUCUCUUCCAAUAAUCUCAUGCCCAGCCAAAUUUCCAAACGUUGCUCACCGCUCGUUCUGUACGUCUGAGCCCUUUCCCAGCCUCUCUCUCUCUGCGUCUUUGCUUCACCUUGUUUCCAUUCAUGGGUUGAACUUGUUUUCCCCUUCUUCUUCGAGGCACAUGGAGUGGGACAGCAAUUCAGAUCUAAGCGGUGAUGAUGAGGAGACCUUCGCGUUUAACGAUGGUGGCCUACUUCCCUUUCCGGUGGAAAACUUGCUCCAAACGACUCCCUGUGGGUUCGUCGUCACUGAUGCUCUCGAGCCUGACCACCCUAUUAUUUAUGUCAAUACUGUGUUCGAGAUGGUCACUGGCUAUCGGGCAGAGGAAGUGCUUGGUCGCAACUGCCGAUUCCUGCAGUGUCGUGGUCCAUUUGCUAAAAGAAGGCAUCCAUUGGUGGACUCUGCUGUAGUUUCUGAAAUUAGGAGGUGUCUUGAUGAGGGGAUUGAGUUCCAAGGUGAGUUAUUAAACUUUAGGAAAGAUGGAUCUCCACUGAUGAACAGAUUGCGGCUGACACCUAUAUAUGGAGAUGAUGAGACAAUAACACAUGUCAUUGGAAUCCAGUUCUUCACAGAGGCAAAUAUUGAUCUUGGUCCUGUACUGGCUCCUGCAAUGAAGGAAUCUGCCAAGUCAUCUGAUAAAUUUCGUACUGCUCUUUCAACGUUGAGUCCCCUUUCAGUGGGGGACCGUAAUGUAUCUCGUGGAGUUUGUGGGAUUCUGCAAUUGAGUGAUGAGGUAAUAUCUCUCAAGAUACUUUCCCGCCUAACUCCAAGAGAUAUUGCUUCUGUUAGCUCUGUCUGCAGGCAAUUAUAUGAACUGACAAAAAAUGAAAGUCUUUGGAGAAUGGUGUGUCAAAAUGCAUGGGGUAGUGAAACUACACGUGUUUUAGAGACUGUGCCUGGUGCAAGGAGACUUGGAUGGGUUCGGCUGGCAAGAGAGUUGACUACUCUUGAAGCCGCAGCAUGGAGAAAGCUGACUGUUGGAGGUGCUGUUGAACCCUCACGCUGUAAUUUUAGUGCCUGUGCUGUUGGUAAUAGGGUAGUCUUAUUUGGUGGUGAAGGUGUCAAUAUGCAGCCUAUGAAUGACACCUUUGUGCUGGAUCUAAACUCAAAAAAUCCGGAGUGGCAACACGUCCAGGUGAGUUCUCCUCCUCCUGGUCGUUGGGGCCACACAAUUUCCUGUGUAAAUGGUUCUAAUUUGGUUGUAUUUGGAGGCUGUGGAAGGCAGGGCUUGCUCAAUGACGUCUUUGUGCUGGACCUGGAUGCGAAGCCUCCUACUUGGCGUGAAAUAUCUGGAUUGGCACCUCCGCUUCCAAGAUCAUGGCACAGCUCCUGUACUCUUGAUGGUACCAAGCUAAUAGUUUCUGGUGGCUGUGCAGAUUCUGGAGUACUUUUGAGUGACACAUUCCUCCUUGACCUGUCUAUGGAGAAACCAGUGUGGAGAGAGAUACCUGUGGCAUGGACUCCACCUUCUCGCCUAGGGCACACACUAUCUGUUUAUGGGGGGAGGAAAAUACUAAUGUUUGGAGGUCUUGCUAAGAGUGGGCCUCUGAGGUUUCGUUCCAGUGAUGUAUUCACCAUGGACUUAAGUGAGGAGGAACCAUGUUGGAGAUGUGUAACUGGGAGUGGAAUGCCCGGUGCUGGGAAUCCUGGGGGCAUAGCUCCCCCUCCUAGACUUGAUCAUGUUGCGGUUAGUCUCCCGGGUGGGAGAAUCCUGAUAUUUGGUGGAUCUGUUGCAGGUCUUCACUCUGCUUCCCAGCUUUACAUCCUGGACCCCACCGAAGAGAAACCUACAUGGAGAAUACUGAAUGUACCAGGACGCCCUCCUAGAUUUGCUUGGGGACACAGCACGUGUGUUGUUGGAGGGACAAGAGCUAUUGUACUGGGUGGCCAAACUGGAGAGGAAUGGAUGCUAGGCGAGCUCCAUGAGCUUUCUCUGGCAAGUUCUGUAAAUUAGCUAUUCUGUUAAUGGACAAAUUGCUAGGUGUAAUGAAGGGACUAUCAGGAGGCUCUAUUCAGAAAAUGUGAAAAUCACUAUGAGCAUCGGUUGGCGGCUAAAGGUUGGGUUGGUCACUGAUGACUUGACAAGCAAUGCUCUGGUCAGAACUUUUGUAUUACGUUGUGUGCUCAAUGCGUUUUUCAUUUAAGGUUGAACCGGUUCUGGCAAGGGAACUUUGAAUGAGGGACAUGAGACCGUGUUUGUUUUUUGAGGUUGUGUGAGACUUUGCCCUUCAGUACGCACAAUGAAUUAUUCUUCCUGAAUAGAUUAGUAGUGUCUGAUAACAAGUAGGUAGCGUAUUAGGGUAGCUUCUGACUUGAUUUAACGUGUCUUGUUCCUGUUUAAGUCCUGUAAUUUGAACCGUGAAAACCAAAGGAGAAAAAAAAAAAGUUGCAUGUUCAUAGUAACGUAAUUGGGUCUAUUGUAUGAAACAAAGUUUCUACAUUUUGUCGGCUGCAAAAUGGAUUGUGGAUGGCUCAGAUUUGGACUUCUUAGUGCAGCUCUGGAGGACUGCUGCAGCCUAACCUCUUAUGGUUUCAGUGUGUGUAUAAAUAAUUUGGAACUCUUAUUUGAUUGUGCCUUCUCUUUUGUUACCCCCCCCCCCCCACCCCCAAAUUGUCAAACCAUUUGGACCUCCAUUGGAAUGGAUUUAUUCGAUUUUCUGCCCAGCCUCAGGCUGGAAAAGAAGUUUGA